UCGACACUCACGGCUUUGAAUCGACUUUUACAGUGCUGCCAAACCAAUCAGCAAAGUUAAUUGGGCAUUCCGGUCUAGUCCAAAUCUCUGCAACUUAUGGUAGUGUAUCAACGUACAGCCCGAACAACAACCUCUGAACCUGAACGGCAACAACUGACGUAUAAGCGCGUAAAAAGGGUGAGGUGUAUAUGGCAGCCAUUUCAGACUCUUAUUACCAGGAGGACCGAGUGUGACCUGUAGGAACUGACCAAUCGUGGUGUGACUGAACCCCGGCAUGUCUGUCAGAGCCCCUGCCGGGGGAGAAACCCAAGACCGUCGAUUUACCCCUUUCUCAUCACAUCGUCGCCUUGCAGUUGUGGGCUCUGUUGUUGUGGAAUUUAGCGCGGGCUGUCUGUCAGCUGCAAGCGUGACUCCGUUCCCAGCCAGCCACCUGCUCUUGACAAGCUGGAAGGAGACGUCGACAUUUCACCUGACUGAGGGGUACCGGCUAGUGCACUGCACUUUUGCGAGCUCACAAUUCCGAAGCGCCAAAAUGAGCGCACCGGUAACGCAAACGGACAAGAGGGUUGUACCUUGUCUUUCUCUCUCGAGCAAGUUGAUGAGGAGUCCGAUACGGACGAAUUCUGUAACAAACCCAUCUGGCCUCCUGCCGGCUGAACAGGAGACAUAACACCAUAGCCACAUCUUCGACUUUGCUAGCACUAUUACUAAACACAUUCAACCACACACACUCAGCCACACGUACAGACAUGCACCGUCAUUCUUUCAGCAUC